UCAAGAAGCAAUAAAAGGGAAGGUUGAAGAUUGCGGCUAAUGGGAUCGCAGUCGUCGCAACAAAGUCGAGUGGACGUAUUUUCAAAGAGAAAAAGAAGCGAAAAAUAGUCGACGGUGCUCUUACUGCGAGUCGCCGACGCCCAAGGCGGAGCACGUGUGUUGGAGGAAACAUGGACAGCGCUGAGGAAGGAACAUCAUCCGCACCAUACGGCGGAGGAGGAGUCGGAGGAAAAGUUAGGAAGCCAACCACAAGAAAGCCGCCGCCGACGCCUUACGCUCGCCCGCUGCAUAACCAAUCGCAGAGGCGCUGGCUUUCGAAGCUCGUUGAUCCGGCCUACCGGCUCAUCACCGACGGCGCCACCCGACUGCUUCCCUAUUUGUUCUUGAAACCACUGCCCUCCAAUGCCCUUCCGUCUCCCGGAGACGUAGAUCAAGAUAAGGUGGAGGCAGAGGUGGAGGAUAACGUCUCUGGAGAAGAAGAACCCCACAAUCCAGAGGUAUCUACCUUAGUUGGAUCACCUGGUCCUAGUGGAGAGGCAAAUAGAUCAGAGAACAAUUCUGAUUUUAAUGGCUGCCAAAAGGACAGAGUAAAUGAUACAUUAGCUGGGAAUAGAACAUUUGAUGUUGAAAAAUGGAUUCAAGAAAAAACAUUUUCAAGGGAUGAAGUGAGUAAUUUAUUAGAGAUACUACAAUCAAGGGCUCUUGAACCUUCUAGUAAAGUGGAAGACAAUACAUUUCCACCACGGAGCAUUGAAAAACAAGUUGAGCAGCCAUCUGCUGCAAAUAGAGUUCUAAAAAUGCCUUGUGAAGGAAAGCAAGAAGAUUUGGAGAGAGCUAUGUGGGGAAAUUUAACUCCUCAUCCACAUUCAUCGAAACUUAGUGACGUUGGAGCAUCACCUGUGGAUAUUGCAAGAGCAUACAUGAGCAACCGAAAAUAUGAACCAGGCUUACUCUCUGACAAGAUACCAGAUGAUGAGAGGGGUUUGCUUCAUGGUGAUCAUCAAAUAUCCAAGCCUUGUAUUCCAUCGAUGUCCCCCAAUCCAUCAACUUGUUGGCCUGGUGCCAUGUCUGAAAGUCAACGUGGUUAUUUAACUCCAAGAGGUCAGAGAGGAGGUAGAUUUGGUCUGCAUAGUUUCCCUCGGACUCCAUAUUCUAGGAGUAUCUUUUCUAAGUCCAAGUCCAAGCUAACUCAUUUGCAAGGAGAUGCCCAAAAGUUUGUGAAUACACCAUCACCUCUCUGGCAGCAGUCACGAACACCAGCACAUUCUCUGGAGGAGCUUAAAGUUCUGGGGCAUUUUGUAGUGCUUGAAUAUCUAAUUCUACAUAAGUUCUUAAGACAACUUUCGAGAUUGAAUAUUGCAUUAUUGAUUCUUGGGCAUUAUCCGCUGCUGAUGACAUCAAACAACGAUCCAUUAGAUGAGACAAUCGGUUCCACUGGACCAAUUCAUAGGCUUCGGCAUACAGCAUCUGCAGUUACUAAUUCCAGACGAUCUGCUUACUUCUAUCCAAACCGACAACCAGAGAUGAAGGUAGAGAACUCCAAUACUUCGGAAGGCAUUUUACCUGAUAUGAAGAAGAAUCUGGAACUUGGAGGAGCAAGCAUCAUUCCUCUAUCAAAAUCAGUGGUAAACAACAGCUCUGAGUCGAGUCCUCUGACUGUCCGUCCACAGUCCAGUCAGGUUGCUAGGACAAUCCUAGAGCAUAUUACUAGAAACCCACCUACACCUAAAGAAAAGACCGAAGAGUUAAAGAGAGCAAUUGAAUGGAAGAAAACCCCAUCUUCUAAUGUACAAACGGUCAAGUCAAAUGAAGCCAGUAAUCUGACCGCAGAGUUAUAUUCUCACCAAAAGUCAAACAAAGUAGAUCAGAACUGUCACCCCCAAUUGACCGACAAGGGAGAAACCAUGUCCACGAUUCUUCCAAAGGAGAGUGCCGGCAGAAAUUAUGAUGGGGCAAUCCAAAAUCCUUCCGGUCUGAAGUUUAGACUUAGCAAUGCUGAAUCAAAAUACAAGGAUGAUGCAGGCUUAAAUAUUGGUAGCUCGUCACCUAAGGUUGCUCCAAAGACCGUUCCCGUUCCAGCUCUUGGAUCCGAAGUGGGGACUCAAAUCAAGCCUUCCCCUUCCCUUGGAGGCAAACCUGUUUUUCCAUCCAUUACCAUCAACAAGCCUGAGUCAAAAUGGGCAUUCUCUUCUGAUAGUGGUUCGGCGUUUACUUUCCCUGUUUCCGGUGCAUCCUCGGGAAUGCUCUCAGAACCACCAACACCAUCCAUCUUUCCAUCAACUAGCCUUGGGGGAAGUCAGCCACUAUUACUGAAGCCUGAGACUCCAGUUCCCUCAUACAGCUUUGGCUCAAAGAAGUCCAGCCGUACCCUUGUUUUCUCAUUCCCUUCAACAAACAGCGAUACAAUCAGUAAUGAAACCUCGAAUAUUAAGUUCAGCUUCGGAUCCAAUGAUCAUACAAGACUUCACUUUGGUUCUGUUGGGAAAGAUGCAGUUUGUUGCUAACUGAUUAGACUUGUUAAGUAUAGUUUGGAAAGAAACUUGUGGCAAAUACCUUUUUUUUUAGAAAAAAAAAAAAACAAAAAAAAAACAAAAAACAAAUAGGAAAUUGCAAAUUCAGUCAAAAUCAGAAAAGCUUCUGUGCCAGUUGUUGAGGGCUUUCUUUUAUGUAUAUUUUCCCAUUCCAUUCAUGAUGAUGGUAUCAAAGUAAUGCUUUAGUUUUCAUGUAAGAACGUUAGUUUUAAAUAUUAAUCAAAGUGUCACAUCAUUAAGUGAGAACAA